AUGUCUAAUGAAGAAAAAGAAAAUGUUUGUCAUUUAGUUGUGAAUAAUUAUUCUGAUACUAGGAAAUCAAUAGACCGUGAACAAGAAGCCAUAAUUAUUAAACGUAAAAAUUCUGUUUACUCUUCUGAGACGUAUAAGAAAUACGGAAAUGCAAAAUUGAUUAAAAGCGAAAUAAGUAAAGCCGUAUUAAGUUCUGCUGAUAGUGAUACUACUUUUAAUGAAAAGAAAAAUUAUCAUAUCGCAGUAUGUCAGGAUGGGAAAUUUGUUGUCACAUUUGAUACAGAAAACCUUCAGAUUAAAAUAUUGAAGAAUAUUAGUAAUAGCCCGUAUAAAGACAAUAACCAGAGUACAUCCGAUAAAAUUAACGAAACUAUUAUACAAUUUAAAAUAGACGGUAAUGACGAAGGCAAAGAAAUCACAUCAAAUAAUGAUGAAAAAUCUGGAUGGUCAAUCGAUAUAUCGAAUGUAUACACAAAUGACACAAAAGACUGUAAACGUAAAUGUUUCAUUUUUGUCGCCGUAUCUCGCAUAAUCGAUGAAGAUAUGAAGAAUAUGAAGAAUACAAUAAAAAAAGCAAAGGAAAGAAAUCGAACUAUUGUCAUCUACCGCAUUGAACUAAUUAAUGGAAAUUAUGUUUCUGAUAGAGAUACUAAGAAUACUAUUAUCUAUAAAAUUCAUGGAAUUUCAGGAAUAUGUAGAUUUGUACAUGAGUCCAGAAACAACGAAGUCCUUAGUUUAGAAAGCGAUAUUUUAAGAUUCAUAGUAUUGAAUUUCGAUGGUAUGCGUAGUUUUGAUUAUAAAGAUAAUUUUAAAUUGUACAAAAAAUUUAAUUAUCCAGAACAUAUCAAACGUAAAUUAGAGGCAUUAGAUUCUUCAGAAAUAUCUGACUGCAUGAACCUACUUUUCUCAUGUAUUUACGAUAAAUAUUUUCUGAUUGAACAUUACAAAGAUAACGUACAUUUACUUGAAGUUUACGAUCUAGCAAAAAUGAGGUUAGAAACCAUCACAAAAAGAGUUGAAAAUAGUCAGGAUAAACUUAUAAGAAAUUAUAAUAGGAAGAAUUUCUCAAUUAGUAAGAACAAACAACUACUCUGCUUUACACGAGGAUUUCAUUCCAUCAAUUUAUAUUUUAUGGAAAAUGGUUUGGAAGCUAUCAAUAAAAAAUUUGAUGGUAUUGAAGAAAUUUACUUAGUAGAAUUCUUUGAAAAUGAUAGGAAAUUAAUUGUAAUUGGUAUUGGCGUCUCUGAAGAUGAGGAAAAUUUAAAACUUAUAAUUUGGGAUAUGUAUAAUGUUGUAGAAACUGAAACGAUAGAAUUAGAUGAUUUUCUUACAACAAAAAAUAUUUAUACCCGUUUAACAAGAACUUCAGGAAAUCUUUUACAAAUUGAUGAUAAAGGAGAUGUUACGUCAAUUGUUAAAAGGGUCGAUAGAUUAUUAAAACAAAAACAAUCGAAAAUGAUUGGAAAGAUAGUAUCUCCUCUUCCUCCUUCUCCUGAUUUAAGUUACUUUAAAGGUGUCAAACCAAUGGUUGUUGAGAUAGAACCAUGGGUGCUAGGUAAUUACAAAGAUUACAAAAGCAAUUCAUAUUGUCUUUAUCAGAAUAAAAAUGGAUCAGAGAUAGAAACUUUACAACUUAUAGUUGGUAGAUCAACUAUCCAAGUUUGGCAUCAGAUUAAUUCUGACGAUAAAAAUAAAAGCAAGGACGAACUUCCUAACAAAGGAAAACCCUUUCUCGAAUACAUAUGGACAAAUGGUAUCCCGGUAAAUCAAGAAAGAGAAAAGACAAGAUUACGGAUUGAAAAAUUUGAAUAUAGAUCGAAUGUUGACUUUAAUUUAACCGAUUUUUGUUUGAAAGUUUAUUGGUACGAAAGAGUUUCAAAGGGCGUGAGCGAAGAUGAACUCGAAAUAAAAAAAGAUGAUGAUAUUGAAAUUAAUAAAAUGGAAAAGGAAAAGGAUGAAGAACCGAGAAUGGAAAGGAAAAAAGAUAGAGAAGCGAUAAUCGAAAUGGAAAAAGAUGAAAAAAAUAAAGUAGAAAGAAAGGAAAAAGUAAUUCAUCGACAAGAUAUUAUUGAUAAAGUUAAUGCAAUCAGGCAUGCGUGUAAAGCAUUGGAAUUUAUCAAUAAACGCCGUGAAAUCAAAGAUACCGUCAUUGUUGCUUAUCUUUUGGAAUAUUAUUCUAGACAUGCAACGGAUAGUGGGGGUUGGAUGAGUACUAUGUCUAAGGCAUUACCUUUAUUAUUUAAAUAUAAUUACGAUUUCAUAUCUCCGUUUAAUACCAAGUAUAUUCUGCUUUAUGAUCCAAAGAACAUCAAAACUAAAGAUUCAACGUUUAAUGGAACUGCUACGAAUCUCGUAAACGGCCAAGAACUUAAUGUCUCAAUGAAAGCUAAUUUUGAUCCUACAGAUUGGAAUGACAAUCCAUUUUCAUUUUUUCCUACAGCAAUUGUAGCUACAUAUUAUUGGCUUAACGGGAAUUUUGUUCAAAGAGAUACAUUUGAUUUUUGGGCUGUUGAAGUGUUUACCUUUAUCGGCAGUAUCCUUUUAAUAACUAUUUUGCAAAAUAUGUUGAUCGCUUUUAUGGGUGGUGUGUACGAAGAAGCAGCUACUAAAGGUAGACAAGCUUUAUUAAGAUUUAGAGCGAAUCAAAUUGCAAAUUAUGAAGCAUUGCAUCAUUAUUAUUUUUCGUCCCAUGAUUAUGAUCCAAAAUAUAUUUACUAUAUUAGGCGAUCAGAACAUUUUGAAACGUGGUAUGAGGAUAGGAAAAAUGAUGGACCUAUUUUUAAGGAUGUUGAAAAAAAAUCCACUUUUGCAGAAUUCGUUUUUAAAGAUAAGGUUUAUGAUAAAUUUUCAAUUUGGAAAUAUGAUGAUGAUGAUGAUAUUAAAAUUGAAAUUGAAAAGUUCAAAAUGAUGAAGAAAAGUUUAAAUGAUAAUAUCGAAAAUUUGAUAAAAAAUCUUGAAGAUCGAAAAAAUGAUAAUGCUAAUGAUAAUAUCGAUAUUGAUAAGAAAAUUGAACAAUUGAAAGCUAUAAAAAAUUAA